CUUUCACCAAACUCGGAACUACGAGAGAGGUGAACUGACCUGACAGCUGGCGGAUGAGCUGCUCUGCUCCUGCGAAGAGCUUCUCAGUCUGCACGCAGAAUAUCGCCCAUAACGGAUGUUUCCAUUCCAACAUUCACGAUUUGUGGACUGAACUCUGGUUUUUUGUUUGUUUUUCCACGCGUCGGAAAACAUUCCGAGGAGCGCACAUGUGAAUUUAAUUCCCUGCUAGUUUCUUUUUUGCAUGCAUAUUGGUGUUUUUUUUUCUUUUCCGGCGAAGCUGCUGUUUACAGUUCAACUCCUUCCCCGCUUCAUGUGGUGUCAUUUUUGUCCGUUUGUGAGUGCAGCAUUUGGCAUAGAGUCUGAACUGAGAGUCAGGGCAACUUUUGCGUGAAGUCGCGCUUCGUGGUGAGAGCCACUGACAGGGACGAGCGAGAGAAAGCUUCACGCGUUAAGACUGCGUGUUAAACUCCGUGAUUUCCCGCACGGAGCACGAGCACACGUUGAUCAUGUCACCGUCGCGUGUGCAUUACAAACCUCUUCACAAAUAAUCAGAUCAAAUAAAUUAAAAAAAUAAAUAUAUAUAUAACUUGUACUUGAGUUCUGUGCGGAUUUAAAUCCUCGAAGGGACGGAUUCUUACUCUGCUCUCCGGGCGUAAAGGAGUUUCACCGAGACGCGCAUCUGCCCUUUAACCCCUCCUGGAUAGCAUGGCAAUGGUAGUAAACCAGUGGCAGGAGAGCAUCGCAGCCGACCCCGGCUCUCAGCUGCAGCUGUGCGGCCAGGAGCCCGGCGGCGCCCCGGCCACCCCGUCCGCGUCCACGCCGGGUAACGACGCGCUCGGCGCGGACAAGCUGGCCAGCGUGGACUGCAUGGUGUGCGGAGACAAGUCAAGCGGCAAGCACUACGGCCAGUUCACGUGUGAGGGCUGCAAGAGCUUCUUCAAGCGCUCCGUGCGCCGCAACCUGACCUACAGCUGCCGGGGGAACCGAGACUGCCCCGUGGAUCAGCACCACCGCAAUCAGUGCCAGUACUGCCGCCUCAAGAAAUGCCUCAAGGUCGGCAUGAGGAGAGAGGCCGUCCAGCGAGGACGCAUGUCCAGCUCUCAGACCAGUCCAGGCCAGUACCUGCCCAAUGGGAACGACCCGUACAAUGGGCAACCAUAUCUGUCGGGCUUCAUCUCUCUGCUUCUGCGGGCGGAGCCAUACCCCACGUCCCGCUACGGCGCUCAGUGCAUGCAGUCAAACAACCUAAUGGGCAUUGAGAACAUUUGCGAGCUGGCAGCACGUCUUCUCUUCAGCGCGGUAGAGUGGGCCAAGAACAUCCCAUUCUUUCCAGACCUACAGCUCAUGGAUCAGGUGGCGUUGUUGCGCAUGUCGUGGAGUGAGCUGUUUGUGCUGAAUGCAGCACAGUGUUCCAUGCCCCUGCAUGUGGCACCACUGCUAGCUGCCGCCGGUCUACACGCCUCUCCGAUGUCAGCCGAGCGUGUGGUGGCCUUCAUGGACCAUAUCCGUGUAUUCCAGGAGCAGGUAGAGAAGCUGAAGGCCCUGCAGGUGGACACAGCAGAGUAUUCCUGCCUCAAGUCCAUUGUGCUCUUUACUUCAGAUGCCAUGGGCCUGUCAGACGUGGCCCAUGUGGAAAGCAUCCAGGAAAAGUCUCAAUGUGCCCUGGAGGAGUAUGUAAGGAAUCAGUACCCCAAUCAGCCCAACCGUUUCGGGCGGCUCUUGCUACGCCUGCCAUCGCUGCGCAUCGUCUCGUCACCCGUGAUCGAGCAGCUCUUCUUUGUGCGCCUGGUGGGCAAGACGCCCAUCGAGACACUGCUCAGGGACAUGCUGCUGUCCGGCUCCAGCUACAACUGGCCCUACAUGCCUGUGCAGAGAGACCGACCCCUCUCGCUCCACUACAACGAGAAUGGGCCUUGACCCCAUCCACAUCCGCUAAUGCCACACCGUGUAGAACCCAUCAGCACCUAAUUCGCCGUUCUGUGGUCGGGAACGGAACUCUUGAGACGUUCUCGUGCCAAGAUUUCUUCUGCAGUUGCUCUACAGUGUUUACAGACAUCAUGACUGAGUACUUGACUGCAUCACCUUGACUGAAAAGGGCAAAGUCCAUUCCAGUCCACUGAUUUUCAAACAAGCCAGAAGCCAUUAAAGCUGAUACCAAAGUGGGUGUCUUUUUUUUGUACCAGGACAUUUUGAGAAAUAAAAUUAUAGUCCGGACUCUAACAGGGCUUUAAGAGAAACUGUCUGUAUGUUUAAGUGGAGAAAUCACGCUAACACUACAGUCCGAAAGAAAAGAGGCCAGUAAGACUCUGAAUAUGCUAAAGCCACUGCCAAAACAUAAACGGCACGUGAACUGUAUGAGUCGGUGAAAAAACUCUGUUGUGGUUCGUCUCAAUGUCAUUUUGAGUCUCUGAAGGAGUUUGAAGAUGUGAAAGACGCACUUCAUAUUUGAAACCAGCCAGGCACCCUCCCUUUUUCUCUAUGCUCUUUUCAGCUACCACCAAAAAUUCAGGACAGCUAGAUAGACUUUCUGUAGUUGCCAUGUAAGGUCAGUCUGUAGUGCUUAAUUCUUUCAUCAAGGAAAACACCGAACAGUAUAUCAACGAAAAUCAGGACCUCAGCAUAUAGUCAGCUCUUGGGGACCAGGCGCCAUGCUGUAUGUAGCAGCGGAUAUCAAGUAUUUCAUUAAUCUUCUAGCAGUAUGUUUCAGUAUGUCACUGUUUUAACAUGGCACUACAGCUUUCAAAGGCGACGUUUGGAUUUCUAAGCCACGGGGUCUAGGAAAGCAUGACCUGUUAUACUAGUUCACAGAAUAUUUCUAUAAGAGGUUUUUUCCUGUAUUUUAGGUUUGACGAAAAAUGAAUCCUUGAAAUAAAAUUUGUCGUUCACAAAA